AUGAAAUUAAGCUGGAAGGUUAAGAAUUAUUUGAGCUGGUCAAGAAGGGCGCUACUCAUCUUGAGGACUAAAGGGCUUGAGGGCUUUGUCAGUGGUGAGGCAGAGGAGCCAGGAGACAAGAAAACUUCAGAAUGGAGGACAUGGAGCAGUACCAACUCUUUGAUAGUGGCAUGGUUGUUGAACUCCUUGUCUCCAACCAUUGCUGCAACUGUUGAGACUAUCUCAACUGCUACUGAGGUAUGGAAAACCCUCUCAAAACUGUACUCAGGUGAAGGGAAUGUGAUGUUAAUAGCUGAAACAGAGGAGAGAGUUGGUGAACUCAGACAAGGGGAAAAUUCUGUGAUGGAGUAUGUUGCUGAACUGCAGCGUUUGUGGGCUGAUUUAGAUCACUAUGAUCCUCUGGAUUUGCCACAUGCAGAUUGCAUAGCAGCUGCUAGAAAAUGGAUUGAACGCAGACGAGUGAUGCAGUUUCUCAAAGGAUUGAACUCUGAAUUUGAGGCGAGACGUGCUACUUUAUUUCAUCAACCUACUCUACCUGCCUUAGAGGAUGCCAUAGCAGCAAUGGCACAGGAGGAGGUCCGAUUAAAGUUGAUGAAGAACAAUACAACGACUCCAUCUCAUCCAGCCUUCAUAGCAACCGACUAUAAGAGCAGAGAGUGCUUCAACUGCGGUGAGAAGGGUCAUUUGAUUCGUUCUUGCACGGCUCCACGUAGGAACAUGCGUGGAAGGGGGAGAGGAUAUAACCGAGGUGGAUUAAGGGGAGGCCGAGGCCGGGGAUACUCUGGUGGUCAAAGGGCAAAUGUGGCAGUCUCAGAAGAAGGAUCCUCACUCGCAACCCAAGAAGAAUCAAAGAAAAGAACAGAAAGCACAGGUGAUAAGGAUCAUGAGGAUUGUAGUUACGGCAACUUUGCUCACUUUGUAUCUACAGAUGAAGGAGAGGCAAACGGGGAAGAGGCUUGGGACUGGAACCAGGCGUAAUGGGCUAUGGUACAUGGAUCGCAAGGU